AUGGCUUACAACGCUAAGCCGCAGCCCAACCUCGAUGGGUUGGGUAUUUUCUUUAUCAUCUGGACUUUUAUCUGGACCUUCAUCGUCAUCGGCGGCAUGGUCUUUCUCUGGCGUCGUCGCGACAUGCCCAUGCUUCGAAUUCGAGACCUCCCACUUACCUUUGUUGCCAUCAUGAUGCUCCACCUCUACUGGGGCGCCAUCCAGACAGGCUAUGUCUACUUUCCGCUAUUUACUCCCGAGGGAGAGUACUGGAUCAUGAGUCUGUACUUCCCUAUCGGUAUUGCUUUGUUUCACGCCUCCAACAGUCGCUUUUUGCAUGUCGCCAAGCAGCAGAAGGAGCUGUUUGCUUCGGACGAAAAGACCUACAGUAGGCCUCGUGCUCGACGGGACUCUUGGCUUGGGAAAUUCCAGGCUUUGGAUUAUACAAAGAAGAUUCUCGUAACGAUUGGAUUCGGUAUGACCAUCCAGUUCAUCCUCACAAUCAUCAUGUGGUGCAUCUCGAGGAAGUUCCAUCACAGCUGGGGUGUUGUCGGCACUGAAGUCCACCCGGGUACCAAGGAGUACGAAAAGUCUCAGAUUGGCAAAGGUUGGGAAUGGUGGCCUUCUGUAUUCUGGCAAUUUAUCUGGGCAUGGAUGGUCGCCCCUUACAUCCUCUGGCAGUCGCGUGGCAUCAAUGACACGCAGGGAUGGCGCACUCAAACCAUUGCUUGCUGCAUUGCCAACCUUCAUGCCACUCCUAUGUGGCUCGUCGCCUUGCUUGCCAUCUCCAUCAUGGCCAUUGAGAUCUUCACUAUCUUCUGGCCCUGCUGGGAAGUCCUCCAGCACCAAACCCUGCGACAGGAAACUCUCGACUCCAUCGCCCAAUGGCAGCUCAACAAAAAGGCGGUGACGCAUGGUGCUCAAUCUGUUGCCACGGGAUCCACGACUGUUGCUGCUUCGGCUCUCACCUCUUGGUCCAAGGACGGCUCUGUCAAGAGCAGCGCUUCAGGUGAGAGCAUUCUCACAAUGGAAGCUCUCGAAUAUGUCCUUGAGCGCAACCCCGAACCUCUUCAGCAAUUCUCUGCCCUUCGCGACUUUUCCGGCGAAAACAUUGCCUUCUUGAGAGCCGUCGCUGAAUGGAAGUCUUCAUUACCGCCUUCUGUUCGCGACCCCGAGAAGAUCAAAGAGCCUGACGUGCAAGAACUUGUCCGCGAACGCUUCAAUAGUGCGCUGCGCAUCUACACCAGCUUCAUCAGCUCGCGCGACGCCGAGUUCCAGAUCAACCUGUCUUCCCAACAACAACGCAAACUCGAGACUGUCUUUGAGGAAUCUGCGCGCAGCCUCUUUGGCGACAAGGGCACCGUCGACCCAGCGUUGCCAUUUGAGACAUUCCAGAUGACCACCACAGCCAACAAGGUCAAGUCAUCUGCCGCAUCGACAAACGGUUCCGAGACGGGCAUCAUGUCUACAGAAUCCGUCAACGACUCUGGAAACCAGAGCGACAAGGCUUUGUACUGGGGCGACAUCCCGGAAGGCUUUGACGCGACCAUCUUUGACGACUCUGAGGGCCACAUCAAGUACCUUGUUUUGACCAACACGUGGCCCAAGUUUGUCAAGGACCGACGAUGCUCGAUUGACUCGAAUGAUACCCUGGAAGAUGGAAAUGGAAUCCCUGCCGGUCGAUAG